UCUACAGAAACAAAUAAGUUCGUAAAGAGGCUGCCUUAGAAAAAGAUUCAAGAUGUCGGAUCGCAAGGCUGUGAUCAAGAAUGCUGACAUGAGCGAGGAGAUGCAGCAGGAUGCUGUUGACUGCGCCACCCAGGCUCUGGAGAAGUACAAUAUCGAGAAGGACAUUGCUGCCUAUGUCAAGAAGGAGUUCGACAAGAAGUAUAACCCCACCUGGCACUGCAUUGUGGGCCGCAACUUCGGGUCGUAUGUAACUCAUGAGACCCGUCACUUUAUCUACUUUUAUCUGGGUCAAGUCGCCAUUCUUCUCUUCAAGAGCGGCUAGUCUUUGAUAAAGGACCGAAGACCACAAAUAUUCAAGAAAACACAAAAACCUUUGUUUCAAGCUCAAGGCGCAGUGCAGUAUCCCACCUCCACAAAUAAAUGGUGGAUAGAUGCCUGGCGGCUUAGAAGUUUCCGUUCGAUAGUUCAGUACACAAAACCAGUUACAACCUUAAGCUAACACACGACUACAAACUAUGCUAGAAUUUGCCUUGCCAAAUUCAAAACUCAACGCCUAUACACCAAUGAUCUAUUAAAUUUAUUGCUCACCAA